GACCAACAGGAGGCAUGCCACCCCCAAUGCGGGCAGGACUCUAGAAGAAAACCCUGAGCUCUGAGUGGAGGCAACAGCAAAGACCUUAAUCAGGAUCACACAACAAUAAUGAAUGGAAACACGUCGGAGCCAAGAAAGUUGAGCAGCACCUAAAAGUAACUGUCGGUCGGGUUUUGAAAGUUAUCUGUCAUUGGGGAAAAUUCGCUGUAAGUAAUGGAUUGGCCAGGCAAGACAGAGGCUACUUUCUGGAAGAUGAAGCAGCUGCACUCUUACUUUUAAAAAAGAGACUAGAGUCAAACACUGGCAACUUAAACGCGUGAUUAGGGUAAAUGGCAUUUAGGGACUACUGCAGUGUCAGCUUUUUUCUUCUUCUUUUUUCUUCAAUAAUCUGUUUUCGGAGAGAAGUGGAUUAUUCGGAUUAAAUCGCGGAUGAGACUCUCGGAAUACUUUGGAGAUUUCUUUCUUUUUGCUUCUUUUACUUGGAUUAUUCUUGUCGCCGUAAGAAGCUGAGGCAAGUUUCAAGUCGACGGCAGGAUAAGGCAUUAAAAUGGGUAAUAUAGAGAGUGUGGACGGCCAGUCGGAGAUGAAGCAGCACAUCAUGCCUCUGAAGGUGCCCAUGCCUGACCCCACCGAGCUGGAGGAGAAAUUUGCCAUUGUUUUGAACUCUAUGAACCUGCCUCCAGACAAAGCCCGGCUCCUCAGACAGUAUGACAAUGAGAAGAAGUGGGACCUGAUCUGCGACCAGGAGAGGUUUCAGGUGAAGAAUCCUCCUCACACCUACAUCCAGAAGCUUCGCGGGUACUUAGAUCCUGGAGUAACACGAAAGAAGUUUCGCAGGCGUGUGCAGGAAUCUACAAAAGUCCUGAGGGAACUGGAGAUUUCACUGAGGACAAAUCACAUUGGGUGGGUCAGGGAGUUCCUCAAUGAUGAAAACAGAGGUCUUGAUGUCCUUGUUGAAUACCUCUCCUUUGCUCAGUGUGCAGUCAUGUUGGAUUUUGAGGGGCUGGAAAAUGGGGAGGAUAGCUUCUUGGACAAGUCUAAAUCUUGGAGCAGGUCCAUAGAGGAUCUGCACCAUACGAACGCCCAACCCUUCUGCAACACUCUGGUGCGCUCUGCCCGCCAGUCUGUUCUUCGCUACGGCUCAGUCGCGAAUAGCAAAACCAUCAAGAACUCCCGCCUCGUGAGUCAAAAGGAUGAUGUGCAUGUGUGCAUCAUGUGCCUGAGAGCAAUCAUGAACUACCAGUACGGUUUCAAUAUGGUCAUGUCUCAUGCACAUGCAGUCAAUGAAAUUGCUCUCAGCUUGAACAAUAAGAACCCACGGACAAAAGCUUUGGUCCUUGAGCUGCUGGCUGCUGUUUGUCUUGUCCGAGGAGGUCAUGAGAUCAUCCUUUCAGCAUUUGACAACUUCAAAGAGGUUUGCAAAGAGAAGCAUCGCUUUGAGAGACUGAUGGAUUACUUCCGCAGUGAAGAGGGAAACAUUGACUUCAUGGUUGCUUGCAUGCAGUUCAUCAACAUUGUGGUCCACUCAGUUGAAGACAUGAACUUCAGAGUGCAUCUGCAGUAUGAAUUCACCAAACUGGGACUAGAUGACUUCCUGGAGAAAUCUAAACACACGGAGAGCGACAAGCUGUCGGUUCAGAUCCAGGCUUACCUUGAUAACGUAUUUGAUGUGGGUGGCCUGCUAGAAGAUGCCGAAACCAAGAAUGCAGCGCUGGAGAAGGUGGAGGAACUGGAGGAGCACCUGUCCCACGUGACUGAGAAGCUUCUGGAGGUUGAGAAUGAAACAAUGAUGAAAGUAGCCGAUCUGGAGAAGCUGCUCAUUCAGAAAGAUAAGGAGCUGAACGUAAUACGGGAGACAUACGAGUCAACCAGCACUCAGGUUAACACCCUGAGGAGGAUGAUCAAGGAGAAGGAUGCUGCAUUUCAGAGGCACUUCAACAUUGAGAAGCGUCUGCUGGAGCUCGAACAGCAGGGCACCAUCCGCUUGCACAAGAAACCUGAUGGAGACAUCGCCAUUGAGCCGCUGGGCGUCGGCAGUGCCGGGAUACCCUUGGGAAACAUCGGAAAGCUGUCUUUGGGUUCAACGGCAGGGCUGACAGAACUAGGAGGACCCGACACAAGUUUACCACCAGCCAGCGAAGCACCUCCGCCUCCACCGCCUCCUCCCCCUCCCCCUCCCCUGCCAUCUGCUUCAGGACACACUGCGCCAGUCCCACCACCACCACCUCCUCCCCUUGCUCCUCCUCUGCCAGAAGCUUCCCCCUCUGUCAUCUUGAGCGUAGGUCUGUCAGCUAUCAGGAUCAAGAAGCCUAUAAAGACCAAGUUCCGCUUGCCUGUGUUUAACUGGACGGCCUUGAAGCCCAAUCAGAUCAAUGGCACAGUCUUCAACGAGAUCGAUGAUGAACGUGUGCUAGAGGAGCUGGAGCUGGAGAGGUUUGAGGAGCUAUUUAAGACGAGAGCCCAGGGUCCAGUUGUGGAUCUUUCCUGCACAAAGAGCAAAGUAGCCAAUAAGGUGGCAAACAAAGUCACACUUCUGGACGCCAAUCGCUCCAAGAACUUAGCCAUCACACUGCGAAAGGCUAACAAGACAACAGAAGAGAUCUGCAAAGCCAUAGAGAAGUUUGACCUCAAGGCCUUACCUGUCGACUUUGUGGAGUGCCUGAUGCGUUUCCUGCCCACCGAGGCAGAAGUGAAGGUGAUGCGUCAGUACGAGCGCGAGCGGCGUCCGCUGGAUCAGUUAGCAGAGGAGGAUCGCUUCAUGUUGUUAUUCAGCAAGAUCGAGAGGCUGACGCAGAGAAUGAACAUUAUCACCUUUGUUGGAAACUUUGCCGACAACGUGAGCAUGCUCACGCCACAGCUCAACGCCAUCAUUGCUGCUUCUGGCUCAAUCAAGUCGGCACCAAAGCUCAAGAGGAUGCUUGAAAUCAUCUUAGCCCUAGGAAACUACAUGAACAGCAGCAAACGAGGCUGCGUUUAUGGUUUCAAAUUACAAAGCCUUGAUCUGCUUCUGGACACUAAGUCUACAGACAGAAAGAUGACAUUGCUCCACUACAUAGCUCUUAUUGUGAAAGAGAAGUACCCUGAACUGACCAACUUCUACAAUGAAUUGCACUUUGUGGACAAAGCUGCAGCAGUGUCUCUGGAAAACGUACUGCUGGAUGUUCGAGAGCUGGGGAAAGGCAUGGACCUCAUCCGGAGAGAGUGCAGUCUCCACGACCACUCAGUCCUGAAAGGUUUUGUCCAGGCUAGUGACUCACAGCUGGACAAGCUACAGAAGGACGCCAAGAUGGCAGAGGAAGCCUUUAACAGUGUGGUGAGCUACUUUGGAGAAAGUGCCAAGACGGCUCCACCCUCCGUGUUCUUCCCUGUGUUCGUGCGCUUCAUCAAGGCGUACAAGGAUGCAGUGGAAGAAAAUGAACAGAGGAAAAAGCAAGAGGAAGCAAUGAGAGAAAAGUUACUGGCUCGGGAGGCGAAGCAGCAUGACCCUAAGGUUCAGGCCCAGAAGAAGAGGCACCAGCAGCAGGAGUUGAUUGCAGAGCUGCGCAGGCGGCAAGCCAAAGACCACCGGCCUGUGUACGAGGGCAAGGAUGGCACUAUUGAAGACAUUAUCACAGUACUGAAGAGCGUGCCCUUCACGGCCCGCACUGCUAAACGCGGCUCACGUUUCUUCUGUGAAGCCAACCUCUGUGACGACGCCAACUGCUAGCCCUUCCCCUUUAAUGCCAAGGUUGACCAGAUCUCCGAAACCAGCCUUUCCUGCGAGCGGACGCGUUGAUCCGGAGCGGUUGGAAGAGACCCUAAACCACUUAUUCGUCACUUAUAGUCCCCUCCCUAUUGUAACCCUUCCCUUUGUCCCAGUGGCGCAUCUCAACCCUGAGGUUGCAGAUCUGCAAAGACUGAAAAGCGAGGACAGGACAAAGCCCUUGUUUUAGCCCGGUAAUUUAUUUAUUUAUGGAUGCCCUUUUACAACCACUUUAAAUGAGCAGGCAUGAUUACAGAAGCACAACGCGCUACUACUCCUUCGUCACCGCGAGCAGAAGGCUUUCCCUGCUCUGUCGGCACUGACCUUUGGGAGGAUGACCAGAGCACAGGUGAGGCCAUCUGAGGACUGGAGGAGGAAUUGUGCUUUCACUAACAAGUGCCUGCUAGCAUGUGGAUCUUAAUGUGGACAUUCCUAAAACCCAUUAAUAUCCGAAGAUUACGCAGUCAAAGCAGGAUUUAAACUGGGAGGCAGCCAAGAUAAAUUGCCGACUCUUCUGCUGCUGCUGGGACGCCUGCCUUUAAGACACCUGCAAAAGCCUCCUGCAAAUAACAGAGGAGGUGCGAUGUCAUAACAGACAUUCGUGGACUGUUUCGCAGCGUUACGCCAAGUCUUCGAGACGCUUUCAAUCAGACUUAAUAUUGUUUAUUUUGAUUGUAUCUGGGAGCAAAGACCAUCACUGUACUGGUUCUUCUUGUCAAGCUAGACAAACCAAAUUACUCCAAAGUUUGAUGUUCCGCUUAAGAAGUGCCUUUUUGUGUAAACAGUGUUAUUUCUCGUCAGUCAGCCAUAAUUUGUUUAUUUUACAUCUUUCAUUUGGUAAAGAUUGUAUUUUUUACCGCCUUGUAAUAUAACAUUAGCCUUAUAAUCCUGACAACAAUAUGCAAGUUGAAGGCACAAAAAAAGCUUAAAGGUAUGUUAGUUCCUUUUUACCUCUAGUACAUCAGAACAGCUGACACGAGAGUCCCCAGAGUUUUGUGCCUUGACCAAGUGGUGGUUAAAAACAGAAUAUUACGUGCCUUGACAACACUUCCUGUCACACCGUGCGUGACAGUUAGGAGGUGACAGACGCAUGAAGGAGACUCCAGGUGGACUACUGUUUCAAAGGCACACUUGCUGUUUGGUUAGCCUGCUCUAAAUGUAUUAACAGAUGAAGGAUGAAGUGCAUUUAAAGCUUCUUUUUCUUAUCCGUUUUAAUACUGAUUAUUCCUCCUAACAGCUUUAGAGACUUGCAUGACAUUGGCACAAAGGGAGCAAUACAUCUUAACACUACUUAAAUUUGGCUCAAGAUUGUAUAAAACACUAUUCUUGUGUGUAUUGAAAUCAAAAGAAACAUACUUUUUUUUUAAGAAAAAGCUAUUCUUGGGAUUGUCUGUUGACUGAAAGACAACACUUCCUGUUUAAUAAAUAUGAUGAUUUAUGUAACAAGACCAAAGACUUUCAUUACAAUUCAGAAGCCUUUCCAGAUUAAGCAACAUCCAAACAAGUGCUUUCUACAGGUUUGUGUUUUAUUUCUUCAUUCUUUAAUGAUAAGUGAGGCUAUUUUCUAAUGUACUGAAGUAUGAAGUAGACUGCUUCUCCUCUCCAUCUUUCCAAAUGACAGACACGGCCAUCGUACAUUUCUACUAUAAAAAUCCAUUUAAUUCCUUAUAUCAAAAAGAAAUCGAAUUAUAACAAAACAAUCAGAACCACAAACGUGGGUUUUUGCCAGUUAAAGAAAUUCUCCAAAUGAAAUAUGAUUGUUCCAACUUACAUGGCGAUUUAACAGAGCAGGAUGUUAAAAGCAAAUAAACAAGAAAAAAAAACAGAAUUUAAAG